CGGAUCGAACUACAGAUUUAUAGGGUUUUAUUUCAGAAAACAUAAUCUGAAAUCAGAUUUGCAUAAAUACUUAUCGUUAUUCGCUGGAUCAUCAAAGCCCCCUAACUGAACCAGAGUAUUUGAAGAAGAAAUUUGCAGGUAGACCAGAUGAGGGCUACAAAAUCCUCAUCCGAUGAAGAAUUAAACCAGACGCCGGUCGUUCCGCCGCAAACAAGACGAAAGGGCAUUGGAAUUAGAACAUGGCUCGUUGUAUCCGAAUCCGGCCAAUCGCAUCUCGAAGACAUUGAAAAGCAUUCAAUCAUGAGAAGGACAGGGCUCCCUGCGCGUGAUCUUAGGGUUCUUGAUCCCAUACUUUCGUAUCCCUCGUCGAUUUUUGGAAGGGAAAGAGCAAUUGUCAUCAAUUUGGAGCACAUCAAGGCAAUAAUCACCGCAACUGAGGUUUUCGUGCUUAAUUCCAAGGAUCCAGCUGUUGCCCCAUUUGUUCAAGAUCUUCAGAACCGUGUUUCCAAUGUGGCUCCCAAGAGGGCAACUGAGAGCUCUGAUAAUGACAUGGAGGUAACAGCCAAUGAAUCACAAGGCUUACCCGCAUUUCAUGCUCAUCAUGGAGCUGUGGGUACCAUGAUGUUGCCAUUUGAGUUUAGAGCACUUGAAGCUUGUCUAGAAUCUGCUUGCAGAUGUCUUGAUUAUGAGACUUCCACUUUGGAGCAAGAAGCAUAUCCAGCUUUGGAUGAACUUACCUCUAAAAUUAGCACGCUCACUCUAGAACGUGCCAGGCAAAUAAAGAGUCGUUUAGUAGCAAUAUCCGGUCGGGUGCAAAAGGUGAGAGAUGAACUUGAACAUCUACUGGAUGAUGACAAUGAUAUGGCUGAGAUGUAUUUGACUGAAAAACUUGUUAGUCAGCCAUUGGAUCCGACCUCCUUCAGAGGUGAAUUAGACAUUGAUUCAAUUAACUCACUUGAUGAAAGGGAGGAAGAAACAGAGAGUGAAUUCUGUGGUGAAACCUUGAGCACCAUUAAGCCUAAAAUCGAGGAAUUGGAGAUGCUAUUAGAAGCUUACUUCGUUCAGAUAGAUGGCACGUUACACAAACUAUCCACUUUGAGGGAGUAUGUGGACGACACUGAGGACUACGUCAACAUCAUGUUGGAUGACAAACAGAAUCAACUGCUGCAGAUGGGAGUGAUGCUUACUACGGCAAACUUAGUUAUCAAUGCAGGGAUUGCUGUUGUGGGUGUGUUUGGAAUGAACAUUCAUAUUUCCCUCUUUGAUGGGGUCCCUGAGCAGUUCUGGGGGACUACCUUUGGAACCUUAUCAGGUGUUGUGGUUUUAUAUUUCAUUGCUGUAGGUUGGGGUAAAACAAAAGGACUUCUUGCAUGAUUUUCUUGCUAUCAAGUCCCCCUAUAUAUAACACUCAAGGAUGUAUCUUGGAGUGGCUGAAAGUGACUCGCACUAUAAUACAGUUUGAACUAAUUAUAAAAGUUGACAUAGGUUCUGUAGGUGA